CACGCAAUCACGCCAAAAUAGAUCCAGCUAAGAUCCGAUACGCAUAAAUUACAUUUAUUGCCGUGUGGUACGGGUGUUACACUAUCACUGGUGUUUUGUUGAUUCAGCUCGUUAUCGUUGUUUUUUUUUGUUGAAUGUUCCUUGUAUUACAUCUUUGGUUUGUGGCAAGUGCAAGAGCUUCGCAAUUUAUUCUCAUUAUUAAGGGUUAUACGUUUGCUGUCACAUGACAAAAUGUUCAUAAAGCAAAGUAAAAUCCAUGAUGAGUUUCAUUGAUAUGGAUUACGAGGUCACAUAUUUGAAAAUAAUGAAGUCUAAAUACAACUUAUGCCGUUUUUAAUUGAAAAACACUGGUGGCGUGGAUUGUUCUGGUUUUGCACUUUGGAGCAGAAGUCGAUGUCGAUGAUCAAAUAAACUUAUUUCAGUUUUACCGGUAUUCCGUUUUCGAUCCCGGAAGAUACCCUACAAUUUUAUUUGGAACGCACUACGAUUUCUUUAUGUGGAGACGUAUGCUUGAUACAGCAUAGGACAGCCCAGGACUAUAGCUGUUAGGUAAGCGACAAUACUGGCAAGGAAAUAGUUCGGAUUAAACAAAUACGUCGCAGUUCCAAUAAAUGUUUCGAAAAAUAAUACCGAUUAUUGAUUGUAUCGCUUCCUAGAUCAAAGUCUAGAAAGAAGUUUUUUUUAUGGAGAUAGUUAAUAUUGACGGAAAUCAUAUUGCUUCACCCACUUGCAAGCUACAUAAAAUUGAGACAUGCGCAAAAAAGAGUUCUCAGGUGUGAAAGGAUACAAUCACAACAUCCUUGCACCUAUAAAACGAAGAUAUCCUUCGCACUACAGUCAGUACAGUUUGACCACCCGGCAAAAUCGAUGUCAGUAAAAUUGAUCCGCAUAGGAAUUGCAACUAUUACGAGAUAAAUAAAGUUAACCAUAUAUCAAAUUAUGUAUAUCAAAAAUGUUCGAAACCUGCUUUUGAAAAAGUAGGUCAUUAGAUCACUUCACGAGGAAAUUCAAUCUAUGUUAGUAAGUGUUCGGCAGUGGUGCUACGAAUGGGACAUUGUGCAUCGUUCAGCGUAUCAUCUUUUAUCAAUGGGACCGGUUUCGCCAGUUAAUGAGCCGCUGAUAGAAGAAUUAAACCAAUCGGCAGCGAUUAUGCAUGGCAAAUAUGAGCCGAAAAUUGCAUUUCCCACCCGAUUGAAAAUAAACGUUUCUCGUCUGCUCCUUAAGUACUGUGGGCAUGAUUCGAAAUGUUUGCAUUCAUUCGAUCAGUUCAUCGCCCUGAUGUACCGCCCGACGGAUGCUGCAGCUUUGGGAGUUGCGAGAUUGAUGUUCGGGUUGAUGAUGCUAAUUGACAUUCCCGAAGAACGUGGAGGUGGUAGUCUGGACUAUCGAUGGGGUGAUCCGAAAGGAUGUACGUUUCCCCUUAUCGAUGGCAUAGAGCCUAUGACAUUUCCAAGAAUGGGCAUUGUCUAUUUGAUGAUGUGGCUUGGAUCAUUGGGGAUCAUGCUGGGAUAUCGAUUUCGCUUGACUGCCUUGAUGUUCGUGACUACCUAUUGGUACGUGUUCCUACUGGAUAAAAGUGCAUGGAACAAUCACAGCUAUCUUUAUGGGUUGCUUGGAACAUUGUUCCUAUUCACGGACGCAAAUAGAUUCCUAUCGUUGGAUGCAUAUCGCAAUAGAACGACACAACCCGUGGUUCCGUUUUGGAAUUAUUUCAUACUGAAAUAUCAGUUCUUCAUAUUAUACUUUUUGGCUGGAAUGAAGAAAAUGAGCACAGAGUGGCUUUCAGGAUAUGCCAUGACUAAUUUAGGCUACCAUUGGGUGUUUUUACCGUUCAGAAUAAUCAUCGGAGUGAAAUUAACGGAUCUACUAAUUAUUCACUGGUUUGGGUGUAUCUUCGACACAUUGGUUGUAUUCUUCCUGAUAUACGCACCAACUCGAAAAAUAGCUACGAUGUUUGCCUGCGCAUUUCACUUGAUGAAUUCACGACUUUUUCACAUUGGAAUGUUUCCGUGGACAUGCCUAACUCAGCUACCCCUUUACUAUAGUGUAAGUUGGCCGCGCUUAGUACUAAAAAGACUACCGUUUCAAAACCCACCGAAAUUACCGAAUAACAGCAGAAACCAAACCGUGACCAACGUACGAUUAGUGGGAAAAUCAUCAAAAAGGCAAAAAUUCGUAGUGUCCACUAUGCUCAUCUACUGUGGGCUACAACUUUUUUUGCCUUACUCACAUUUCAUCACCAAAGGCUACAACAACUGGACGAACGGACUUUAUGGCUAUUCGUGGGACAUGAUGGUCCAUGCUUGGGACACCGUCCUCACAUCGAUAAAAAUUGUAGAUAAUCUCAGCAAUCAGACUCUAUACCUUCAAUCGUACGCUUUCGUUGAUAACGAUCGAUGGACCAAACACGCUGAUAUGGCGCACCAGUUUGCUCGAUGCAUCGAUCGAUAUAUACGUGAAGAAUAUCGCUCGGAGAAACGACCGUUUACCAAUUUUUCGAUAUACUUCGACAUAUGGUGCAGUCUCAAUGGUCGUUUUCUGCAACGUAUCUUCCAUCCCGAGGUGGACGUUUUGAAUGCUGAAUGGUCACCGUUUGAACCCGCUGACUGGUUGUUGCCGCUUCUUCAUGAAUUCACUGGAAUGCGAGCUAUGAUCACCGACUUAACGAAAGAAGUGCACUCCUGGAGUAACAAUUCUGACGUUUUAUUUGUAGCCGAUUUUCCUGGAUUUACUUUAGACAACUACAUUGUUCCCGAAAUGGAUAAUGUUACAUUGACUGUACUGGAAGGAAGUGUUGCUUAUAGGUAUAGUAAUAAUACCGAGUCUUUUUACCUUUCCAAAGGACAAUAUCUGAACGGUAUUCCAUCCUCAUUUCAUCAUGUAAAAACAACUAGCCAUACACCGUCAUCUUUGAUGUACACCUACGUCAACAAAUCAAUAAACAUCGCACCUAGCGAAGAAAAACUUACUGAAAAGCGACAAUCGAAACCAAUUCUGCCUUUAUGGCAAGAGCUUAGUCAUAGACUUGAAAAUUAUGUCAGGUUUUUGCAGCAUGUUGGAAAUUCUAUACUGUAUGAGAUUUAUGGUGUUCCAAUGCCACGGAGAAUAAGAAUUACCCCCGACGAAGAAGACUGGAUGCACGAAUAAAUAAAAAUUUUCGAGACCAUGAAACGUUUUCAUUACUCGAAAUGAAAAUCACAAAUUGGGAAUCUUUUACACCAAAAUGGAGGACGAUAUGAGAUAUCGUAAUUUAUUUUCUAUCUGAAUAAAUAUUUGAUAAUUAUAUUGGUAUUGGUA